GACACUUGUUUUGGCCGUUUUUUUCUUUGUUUAUUUUUUUUCCCUUUGCAUGAACUGAAAAACACACCUCCAAAUCCACUCAAAUCCCCAAAAUCUUUUCUCUCUCCAUUCCUCUCUCUCUCUCUGAUUGCGUUUUUCCUUGAAAAUUUUUCACUUUCUCGUGUCUUCUCCCCAACUGGGUCUCUCGCUCUAUUUGGCUGUUGAUUCACACAAGGAAAUGAGGUGGGAAAGGGUCGGGCUCCACCCCAAACAGAGCCUAGAAGGAGCUCAACAGCAACAACAAGAAGUGGGUGACAUAUCUGGGCCAGGAAAGAGGUGGGGUCACACCUGCAACUCCAUUAAAGGAGGCAGGUUUCUCUAUGUCUUCGGGGGCUAUGGCAGAAAUAACUGCCAGACCAACCAAGUACAUGUAUAUGACACUGCUAAUCAGACAUGGAGCCAGCCUAUGAUUAAAGGCACACCGCCCACCCCGAGGGAUAGCCACAGCUGCACCACAGUUGCUGAUAAUCUUUUUGUAUUUGGGGGUACAGAUGGGAUGAAUCCUCUCAAAGAUUUGCAUAUACUAGAUACUUCUUCACAUACAUGGAUUUCUCCAAGUAUAAGGGGUGAUGGACCGGAGGCACGGGAAGGUCAUAGUGCAGCCCUUGUUGGUAAACGGCUUUUUAUAUUUGGUGGCUGCGGGAAAUCGGCAGAUACUAAUGAUGAAAUAUAUUAUAAUGAUCUUUACAUUUUGAAUACAGAGACAUUUGUAUGGAAACGAGCUGCAACCUCAGGCACUCCGCCAUCUCCACGUGAUAGCCAUACUUGCUCAUCUUGGAAGAACAAUGUCAUUGUGAUUGGUGGUGAAGAUGGAAAUGAUUAUUAUUUGUCUGAUGUGCAUGUUCUUGAUACAGAUACUCUAGUUUGGAGGGAACUGAACACUUCAGGCCAUCUGCUGCCCCCUCGAGCUGGUCAUGCGACUGUUGCAUUUGGCAAGAACUUGUUUGUUUUUGGGGGAUUUACGGAUGCUCAAAAUCUAUACAAUGACCUUUAUGCACUUGAUGUCGAUACUGGUGUAUGGUCCAAGGUAAUUACAAGUGAUGAUGGGCCUUCUGCCAGAUUCUCAGUGGCUGGCGACUGUUUGGAUCCAGUGAAGAGUGGUGUCCUUGUAUUUGUAGGUGGUUGCAAUAAGAGUCUUGAGGCUCUUGAUGACAUGUAUUACUUAUACACAGGACUUAUCAGGGAAAAAGAAUGGAGGCUAGAUAAGUUAUCUCUGAGGAAGCAAUUGAAACUAAAGUGUCAAGAGCAAAAUUUCAUUCAUGCUCAGGAUAAAGCUCUGGUUAGGAUUGGGGCGGGCGCUGAGUUAUACCAACCUAUCGUUGUGCCUAGUUUUGGCCAACCAGGUAAACAUACCUCUUGGAAACAAAAUUCCCCAAGGAAAGAGUCCCAACCUCUUCAAGGGAAGAAAAUGUUUCAAGCAAAAGUUACUGAAAACAUCCCAGUUGGAUAUACUAUUGAAACUAUCAUUGAUGGAAAGCCACUUCGUGGAAUAUUGUUUUCCAACAAGUCAAACUCUUACCUCACGGCUAAUCAUGAUUACAGUAGGAAGAGAGCUUCUGGGGAAGUUGGUGUGUCAAAUGGAGAUUAUAACAGAAAAUCGAAAAUGCCCAGAAUUCCAAAGCAGGACACAAUUGAUCGCAGACAGGUAGAUGGCGUUCAAGAAAAGUCCACAUCGCAUGAGCCCGGGACAGAUGCUCCUGCUGCUCUUGUUUUAAAGAAUCUAGCAUCUUCUGAUGCAUUGAAGGUCAACGUAAACCCAGAAGAGUCAGUGCCUCCAUCUUUGCAAAUGGAAGAUGAUCUGCAAAAUGAUGCACCCAGAUCCAACAGUGAAGCUCAAAUAGAGGAUACGACAACUAACGAUCCAAAUUGCAAUCCUGAAGUUCCAAAAGAGAACACAUUUGCGGCAGACAAGGACCCUGUCACUUCUUUCUCCUGCCAGGAUGGCAGGACAGCUACUUCUAGUGAACCCGCAAAUUGAAAUUGGACCCUGGUCAAGGUUCAGUUCUGAACAUAACCUUAAACACAAAUCACCAGCCAUUUGUACAUUCCUCACUGCAAGGUAUCAUAGAUGGAUAUGACAGGUGAUGUACGGAAAUUUCUAACUGGCUAUUUUUUUAUCUCAAGAUACUGAUUGACUGUAGUACAUAGAAGCUCUUGUCCGAGACUGGUGAAUACUCAAUUAGUUACUACUUUAAGUUACUUUGUGGCUAAAGAAAGAAGAAAAUUGCUCAUAA